AUGACUGAAAGCUAUAGCAAUGCAAGUGCAAGCUCGACUUCAAGUUAUAAUAGCAGCGUCCCGGAUACAGAGGAUGAUCAGGUUAUAGCGAGCCUCUUAGCUGAAGAAGAAAAUGCUAAUGCUGGCAGACAGCUUGGAAAGAGGCUUUCUCAUUUGGAUUCUAUACCUCACACUCCUCGGGUUAAUGGUCAGAUUCCAGACGUGAAUGAUGCAAGCUUAGAUCAUGUUCGGCUGUCUGGAAGGUUGAAUACAUAUGGUUUGGCAGAACUGCAGAUGGAGGGUGAUGGGAAUUGUCAGUUUCGGGCAUUAGCAGACCAGCUAUUUCGCAGUCCGGAUUAUCAUAAGCAUGUUAGGAAGCAAGUUGUUAAGCAGCUAAAGCACUUCAAGAAAAUGUAUGAAAGCCAUGUCCCGAUGAGGUACAGAAGCUAUGUAAACAAGAUGAAAAAAUCAGGGGAGUGGGGUGAUCACGUUACUCUACAAGCUGCUGCAGAUAGAUUUGAAGCCAAGAUCUGCUUAGUUACAUCUUUCCGUGACACUUGCUAUAUCGAGAUCAGGCCCAAAGACAAGCCUCCUGGCAGAGAGAUCUGGCUAAGCUUUUGGAGUGAAGUCCACUACAACUCACUGUACGCGAUCGGUGAUGUCCCCAGCAGAGCACCAAGGAAAAGGCAUUGGCUCUUCUGA